AUGAAGUGUUUCCUCUGGAGCCUGCUGUGCUGCGCCCCCCUGCUGCUGCCUGAUGUCCGGGCCACAUACCACCUCAGCGCGGGGGACCCUCAGCUGAUCGCCGCGCAAAGCUACGCGCAGACCAGGAGUAAUGGCCGACCACCGCACAGGACCCUGAAUCCAGCAAAGACAGACUCUCAGUGCAGGAGCCGGCCCCUGGACCUGGUCUUCAUCAUUGACAGCUCUCGCAGCGUGCGUCCUGGUGAGUUUGAGAAGGUGAAGAUAUUCCUGGCUGACAUGGUCGACACGUUGGACGUGGGCAGCGAGGCUACCAGAGUGGCCGUGGUCAACUACGCCAGCACGGUCAAGAUCGAGUUCCUGCUCAAAGACCACUUCAACAAACCCGACAUGAAGAAAGCCAUCUCCCGCAUCGAGCCCUUGGCGGCCGGCACCAUGACCGGCCUCGCCAUCAAGACCGCAGUGAACGAAGCCUUCACCGAGCCGUCUGGAGCCCGGCCUCGCUCCAGGAAAAUCUCCAAAGUGGCCAUCAUUGUGACGGACGGGAGACCUCAAGACCAGGUGGAGGAAGUGUCUGCCGCAGCUCGGGCCUCGGGCAUCGAGAUCUACGCUGUCGGGGUGGACCGCGCCGACAUGCGCUCCCUGCAGCUGAUGGCCAGCAUCCCUCUGGACGACCACGUCUUCUAUGUGGAGACCUACGGCGUUAUUGAGAAGCUCACCUCCAAGUUCAGGGAGACCCUGUGCGAGGUGAAGGUGGAGGUGGUGGAGGAUCCCUGUAAAUGCGAAGCCAGGCUGGUUUUCCAGAAGCAGACGCAGGCGGCCAUCCAGCAGCUCACAGCCAAGCUAGCCGACGUGUCUGGGAGAAUAGAGCGUCUGGAGAACGUGGUGGGCCGUGCUUAA